AAUGAUUCUAACUGUAUGUGGAUUGUUCUUCUUUCAAGUUAUCGUUAGAGGAAUUGCCUUCAGUCGUAAAGAAUCAUCAAUAAAUUUUGAAAUCUUACAUUCAGAACAAAUGGAGUUUCCAUCGGUGACAAUUUGUAAUCAGAAUAGAUUUAGAUUAACGCAAAUAGCUAAACUUGGUUUAUUUUCUUUCAUUAAAAACUUCUACGAUUCUGUUGAACGAAACAAUACCGAAAUAAUGGAACAUUUAACAAGAAAUCUAUCAUUCCAUGAAUUGAGGUUCCUCAAUUAUAGAGCAGGACACGACCAAAGGAAUCUUAUUUAUUCCUGUAAAUGGGCUGGAAAGGAUUGCUUCAAUGACUUCUUUAAAUCAAAAACGGAUUUAGGAAUAUGCUACACAUUCAAUAAUAGAUCCAUUACAAUUAAAAAUUCAGGAAGAGCGAAUGCCUUAUCCCUAAUCUUGAAUAUUGAAGAAUACGAAUAUAUACCUGGACUUGAUAACGAAGCAGGAGUGAAAAUAUAUCUACACAAUAAUCAUGCUAAACCUCUUGUUUCCGAUUUAGGGUAUGCCCUGGCACCUGGAAUGUAUACAAUGAUGAGUGUAAAAAGAAAAGAGUCUUUUAGUUUAAGCUCUCCAUACGGUCAUUGUACAGAUUCCACAUACACUUCUCACGCGGAAUGCGUAGACUAUUGUAAAGUUGUUGCCGCUACGAAGAAAUGCAAUUGCUUAUCUUCCAUGGCUAUUUACCAUAAAUACAGUACACAAAAUACUGAAUUUAUAACGAAUCUAUCAACUUGUUCAUUUGGUAAACAUUUUCUUUGUUUCGAAGACGAAAUUAUGAGAUUGACUUAUAAGGAGCUAAAAUGUGAUUGUUUCGUACCGUGUUUCCAAGUCACCUACGAACCAUCCUUAUCCUCCUCAAAAAUGUCCAAGUUCAGCGCUCAUAGAAUACUGUUAAAUCAUCAGAAAAUAAGGGAAACAAUUGGCGAAGAAUUGAGAACAGCUCUUGAAAAUGCAGAAACGUUAGACGAAACAAGAAGAGAGAAAAAUAUUCAAUAUUUUAAUCCAUUUUUAGAUGAAUUUGCAACGUUUCUUUACAAUUUCGAAACAUUAAUAUAUCUUUUCGAAAGAGAAAAUUCUACUUCGGCAGAUGCAAUCUUUACGCAAUAUGUUGAAACAUUCGAACAUGACCUAACGCAUGUAGAAAUUCAAACUGAAAUUUUCUUUAGAGCUUUUCUAUCUCAAGAGUUUAAUUAUCUACAGUCAAAUUUUUCUAAAAUACUUAAGGAAGUAGUCUACAUUGAGAAUCAAUUCUUUAUCAAAAUAUACCAUAAAAGUAUAUCAUCCAUUUUAGGUAGCUGCAUGUACGAACCCUAUAAUGCUACUGAGGAUAUUUUAAGCUGUAUGAAGUUAAGUAAGAUAAGUGGCAUAAAUUCUAAAUUUUAUAAAGUUGAAGAACAAUUGAUAUCAUUUGAAAAGAUAUCAAACGUUGAUGAAGACUUCUUUUUAAGGAACUUUUUACAAGUUGAUAUCUUUUAUAAAGAAAUGGCCUUUCAGAGAAUAACUCAACACAAAAAGUUUGAAUUUUUAUCUUUUAUCUCGGAAAUUGGUGGCUUUAUGGGAUUGUUGCUCGGAGCGUCGGUUAUAACUCUUGUCGAAUUUUUAGAGUAUUUUGCUUUAAGAAUAUUUAACUCUUUCUCCAAUAUGAAUCGUGUGAAUGCUUGA